AUGAUUGAUCAAGGCAAGGAGGUGUCUAAGGAUAUACGCGAUGCAAUAGUGAAAACCAUUCAGAACAAGAAGAACUUCUGCUCCAGGCCUACAGGUGAUCUCCGGCUGAGCCUAUCUUCUUACAGGCUCUUUCACCUGGAAAAUAUAUCGCUAGCUGACGGGGUGGCAACUGCCAUGGAGACCCUUGUAAAAGACCCCAGGUUCCAUCUUCUUGGAAUAAGGCCAGAGACAUUGAGCUCGUUCUUUUCGUUUUCGUUCUUCCAUAUGUUGCCCCAGAGGUACCACAAUCUUGACCACCUGGUGAACACUCUGUGCUUUGGGGACUUUAUUCUCCAAAGGCUGGGAGAGGGGGGCUACACCCUCCCGAUACUGGACAAGAUGUGUUUGAUGAUAGCACUGGGACUGCACGACAUCGGACAUCCUGGGGAAAGAAACAGGGGGAAGAUUGGGGCGCUGUCAAGCUCAUAUGGAGGCCCCAAGGCCAUAUCUUUUGAACUGAUCCACGCGUCCAUAUGCCGAAAGAUGGUUUCUGCAUAUAGGCACACCCUGUUUGCAGGUCUGGAUGAUGCAGAGACAGAAAGGAGGCAGGGCUUCAUCGAGAAGAUGAUUUUUGCAACAGACCUGAAGCUGAAUGCGGAAAUAAUCGGCGCAUUUGAUGCCAAGUACUUUGAGAAGGAGACCCAGGGCUCAAUGGAAAGAAGGGUAAGAAAUGGUGUUGGGGGAGAGAUAUCGGAAAUCGAGCUCAUGAUGAUCAUGAAGAUAGCCGACCUGAGCUCGUGUUACAAGGACUAUAGGAUCUUCAACAAGAACUCGAUCGCAUUCUGGGCGGAGGUGUAUGAUGACGACGAUUACAAUAGAACACUCGAGAACAUAUCUGAGGACAUUGAUCUUUUGGAAGGCAUAUCAAUUCCUUUGGCAGACUCAUUUUCCUUGGUAUUUGGGGAUCUCAGAUUUCUGUAUGACCAGGCUCUUGCCAAUCUCAGGGAGCACAGAAAGUACUAUAGGAGGCUUAAGGCCCAGGGGAGUCCUAAGCACCCCUUGGCGGGGGAGUAG